AUGAGGAAGUAUGGACAGAGGGACUCAGUGACCUUUGAGGAUGUGGCUGUGAACUUCACCCUGGAGGAAUGGGCUUUACUGGAUCCUUCACAGAGGAAACUCUACAGAGAUGUGAUGAAGGAAAUAUUCUGGAACCUGGCCUCUGUAGGAACAAAAUGGGAUGAUGAUGACAUUGAAGAGCAAUAUGAAAACCAGGGGGGGAAACCAAGAAUUCACUCUGGAGAGAAGCUGUAUGAAUGUAAGCAAUGGGGUAAAGGUUUACAUUAUCAAAAAGAUUUCCAAAAACACAAAAGAGAUGACACUGGAGAAAAACCCUAUGAAUGUAAGGAAUGUGAGGAAGCCUUCAUUAAUCCCAGCUCUCUUCAAAUACAUGAAAGGAGUCGCAGUGGCGAGAAACCAUAUGUGUGUAAAACAUAUUCUAAAGCAUUUAGUAUUCCCCUGUAUCUUCAAAAACAUGAAAAAACCCACACUGGGGAGAAACCAUAUAAAUGUAAAGAAUGCAGGAAAGCAUUCAAUAAUCCCAAUUCUCUUCACAUACAUGAAAGGACUCACACCAGAGAGAAACCAUAUGUGUGUAAAACAUGUUCUAAAGUAUUUAGUAUUCCCCGAUAUCUUCAAAAACAUGAAAAAACCCACACUGCAGAAAAACCCUAUGAAUGUAAAAUAUGUGGAAAAACCUUCAGUUCCACCUAUGUUCAAGUGCAUGAAAGAAUUCACACUGGAGAGAGACCCUAUAAAUGUAAGGAAUGUGGGAAAGCCUACCUUUCUCUCUCAGGCAUUCAAAGACAUAUGAGCCUGCAUACUGGAGAGAAACCAUAUAAAUGUGUAGAAUGUGGGAAAGCAUUUAUUAUUCCCUGUUUUCUUCAAACACAUGAAAAGACUCACACUGGUGAGAAACCGUUUAUAUGUAAAAUAUGUUCUAAAGCAUUUCGUUUUUCCAGUUCUCUUCAAAAACAUGAAAGAACGCAUACAGAAAAACCCUAUGACUGUAAAAUAUGUGGGAGAACUUUUGCUUCCACUUAUGUUCAAGUGCGUGAAAGAACUCACACUAGAGAGAAGCCCUGUGUAUAGGAAUGUGGGAAAAUCUACAUUUCUUUCUUAGGCAUUCAGAGACACAUGCAUACUACAGAGAAACCAUGUAAAUGUGAAGAAUGUGGGAAAACCUUCUCUGAUCUCUCUACUUUGCAAAAGCAUGAAAGGAUUCCCUAG